AUGGCAGCGGGAGGCGCUGCAAGCCUGGAGGAGCCAUGUCCUCUUCGUAGAUCUGAGGAGUGCGGUGGCGGAGGAGGGAGCAGGGCUGUCCCGGCCUACGAAGGGAAGGCGAGAGAGGAGAGCUCGCCUGAGAAGAAGUUGCCGGUGCCGUCCGUGCAGGCUGGGAAGCGGCGGCGGCCAGAUCCAGGCGGAUCCCGUACCUCGUCGGACGAGAGCUCCACCGGCCAUUCAGAGCGGGGGAGACAAAGCCGCAGGAUGGACCCAACCCAAUUCCAGCAGCCUGAUGGAAAUAGGCAUGGUGGCAAUCCUCCGUACCAAGGCGGCUUGAACCCGUACGUGUUUAUGUACCAGACCGGCCCAAGUGCUUGGAACCCCAAUCAGGUCAUGCAUCCGGGAAUGCCUCCCAUGACUGCAGCAGGUAUGUUUCCCAUGACUACAGCAGGUAUGCCUCCACCCAAUGCUGGAGGUAUGCAUCCACACAUGUCACCACAAUUGCAGCCUUCAGCAAAUGUAGAUGAAAUGCACAAUCCAACGGAUGACGAGGUAGAGGAGGUAGCAAUUGUUGGUGGUCCAUCAAAUGGAGGUAGGAAAAGAGGGGGCAGUAAUACCAAAUUGGCCAACUUUGCAGUAGAGAAAGAUGUCAACAUUGUGAGGUCAUGGCUAGAGAUAAGUUGUGACCCAAUUGUGAACACUGGCCAGAAGAGAGACAACUUCUGGGAUCAUGUUAUGAAACAAUACAAUGGGAGGCGGGGUUCAUUCCCAAAAAGGACGUUGAGGUCUGUCCAGUCUCGUUGGGAUAAGAUCAAACAAGAAGCAACAAAGUUCACUGGGUACGUGGCAAAGGCUAUUCGGGAUGACGCUAGUGGGACAUCGGACGCUGAUAAGACAACCUUAGCAGCAUCCGACUUUGCUGCUAUUGAGGGAUACAAUUUUCAGUUCAUGCAUUGCUGGGACCUUAUGAAAGAUGAGCCCAAAUGGCAAGACGUAAAGCAGAGAAGUUCGAAAACAGUUGGUUCUAACACUAUUGACUUGGAUGGGGAUGAGGCAUCACCAGCAGGCACCGGCAAGAGGCCAAUUGGCAGGGAUGCAGCAAAAGCUUGCAAGAAGAAGUGUCCAUCUGGAUCGACAUCAUCUUCGGAAUACGCUUCCAAUCUGCAAGACCUCUCAUUGCAAAAGAUGACAAUGUGGCAAGAAGAAAAUUCAAAGAAAGUAAACCGCUUUGACCAUCUUGCAAGUAUUGAAGAAAAGAGGUUCGAUGAGAUGCGUGAACACAACAAGUCCAUCCUACAGCUUGAGGAGGAGAAGAUAAAGAUCAUGCGCGACAAACUCAAUAUGCAGAUGCAAGAGAAGGAGAGGGAGAGACUUGAAAGAGAGAAGCAAGAAGAUGAGAGGAUUCUUAAGGUGGACCUUGAUUCUUGCGCACCUGAGCUUCGCUUGUAUUACGAGGCGCUUCGUGAGGAGAUACUGCACAAGGUGUCAGCAAGAAGGCAGAGGAGCCGCCAAGUGUGA